GCUGCAGCGUAAUUUUCCGAGGCCUCAGCAUGCUGCUUAAUAACGAUAGGAACCUUACUUUACACAGCGUCAACUGCAACAUAUUAACGGUUGUUGAUCGUUAAAAUGCACUCGGGACAAUUUGCGCCGGCGGAUGAUGUUGCAUUAGGCGCUAUGCAUCGCUACCAGUUCAUUCUUGUAAAGAAUCUUUGAAGGACAAUGUAGUUUGGCUUGUCCUAAAAAAAUCGGCAAUAUCGUUUUAAGUGAAGUUGUUUUUAUCGCUGUGCCUGCAACGUGGAUGGCAGCGUCACUGCAGUAAUAGUAAUAAACACAUAAAGCCUCGAGCAUACACACACCAAGAGUUUGAAUAUUUUAGUCUUUAUUAUCAGAUGCAAUAUGGGAUUUCUUUUUGUGCCCUUCAGCUUGCUGAUCUUCUUAUAUGCCAUAUUCGGAAAAAACCACAGCAGAGAACACAGAGAACACGGUUGCCGCGCUUACUGCUCAGCAAGCGGCUAUAGCGACGGAUAUGCGGCGUUCAUCGUAUCAUCCCCGGAUCAGCUGAAAAUCGAACAGGUGUCUCAAACGACGAACAACCAAUCGCCGGCGACUGCUUCGGAACAACCUAUCGAGGACGGAGGUUAUAAUUUGAGAUUUGUCGAGAAACUGCUCGUCUUGAACUCGGGAGACGUCCACCCAGCCACAUUAUUCCCCAAGAUAACCAACAAGAAAGACGAUAUCGUGCCGUGGACGCACAACCGGCUGCUUUUGAAGCUGAAUCUGCGGAUGUAUACCGCUAUGGGUGUAAUCGAACCCAACAGCACCAUAAUCACCCCGUCUACAGCCACGCCCCAUUAUCUAACCGUCGACUUUACGGACGCCGACACUGAAGUUGACAUUGCCCAGUGGAUGGUGGCCGUGGGAGCGUUAUUCAGCGCCGCAGUCGCUACAAAAUCCGUGCCGGUUCUUUUGCACAAAUACGCCGUUAUAAGUCAGUUUGAGAAUAUGACACUCUCGCAGAUGGAUGCCGCGAAGUUUACCGAGAAAAAAGGCAAAUAUCUCAAAGUGCCACCACGUUCUGAGAUGUCCACAGAACAUGGGCGGAUCCUCCAGACAUGGAUGAACGCACCCGAAUCCCGGGAGACGAUUCAAACUCUGUUGACUUUGCGCGCGGAAAUCCUCAAUCAGAGUUUGUUAUACAUUGACACUGCAGUCGCCGAGAUCAUGCGGCGGCAACCGGAAGUGACUGAAUGGGCGCUGCCCUGUUUGGUGGGGUUCUUUGUGCAGGUGGAGAAUACGCCGGAAUUCUCUGCUACAGAAAAGCGCUUAAUACGCGCUGCUAUCCAUUUCCAACGUGUCGAUGCGCCGGUGAAUUUUUUCAUCUUCAGCAACAACAUGACGUACUGCAAAGAGAUCUUCACCGAGCCCAAUGUCAUUUUUGUGAAUGAAUCGCCCGAGGUUCAGAUCACCUUGAUGAGCUUGAUGGAUCACUUUGUGUUUACGGACGGGGUGGAAGGUUGGCUGGGAGCAUAUAUUAGCUUUAGAAAUGAUUUCAUGUACUAUAUCGGAAACACCCAAGUAAAUGACAAGGGAAACUUUACAUCCGACGGUUAUGUUAUUUUCCCAAGUUGGCAAAUUUUUGAGCGGUAGUUGUACGGUCUAUGUCUAUACAAAGUAGCUGCCUAUGGUAAAGUACCGGUCAUCGCUGUCAUGGCUUUAGUGACUAAUGCAAAACCGGAGCCACUGUUAUAGUGAAAAUUGUC